GAGGGAGGGAGGGAGGGAGGCGCGACCCGCCGGCAAGAUGGCGCCGCUGUCACCGAGGAAGCACCACCGCCACCGAGAAUAGCAACAACAAUGCUGCCCGAAAGUGGCGGAUACGCCAAAGUUUCUUAUCAAUAAGGGAGUUGGGGAUAGUCACGCUCCCAUUAUUACUAUCCCCCAGAAGUAGUAUUUUCAUCAUCGCACUGUUAAAGCAAUGGAGAACGAAGACAUGUCGCUUGAAAAUAUGGACCCCUCACUGACUGAGUUCAGUGAGGGACUCAAUUUUGGGGAUAUAGAUGAAAUGCUGCAGUUUGUCAAUGGCCAAGUUGGUGAUUUUCCUGACCUGUUUGAACAAUUCAGCAGUGGUCUGACAGGAUGCGACAAGCUUGACCAGCCUCCAGUUGCUCUACCACAGCAAGGAGGGCAGCAACAAGCGCCGCUUCAACAGCAGCAACUGGUACAGCAACAAGCGCCACUCCAACAGCAGCAACUGGUACAGCAACAGCCGCAGCAACAGCUACUGGUGCAGCAACAGGCCCAGCAACAGCAACUGGUGCAGCAACUAGUGCAGCAACAGUCACAGCAACUAGUGCAGCAACAGUCGCAGCAACUAGUGCAGCAACAGUCGCAGCAACUAGUGCAGCAACAGUCGCAGCAACUAGUGCAGCAACAGCCGCAGCAACAGCAACUAGUGCAGCAACAGGUACAACAACUAGUGCAGCAACAGGUACAACAACAGCAACUAGUACAACAGCAGCAACUGGUGCAGCAACAAGUUCAAACCUCCAUGCCACCAACACUCCCACAGACUCCUUCACCUGUAACCCAAAGGAUCACCCCUGUUCUUCACCCUCGCCCACCGCACACACAACCACAACAAACGUUCAUGAUAACAUCAAAUUUUACCUCAGCACCAACACAGACUCGGAUUAUUCAACAGCCUGUGCUCGCUUACCAGAAUCAAGGAGGAUUUUCAGUUCUUCAGUCCCAGCUACAGAACCUGGUCACUUCCUCACAGGUGCAGCCAAUCACCUUUCAGCAGCAAGUGCAGGGCCUGUCAACCCACAGGAUGCUUACAUCAGCCACCACAGGCACCAUUCAGACGCUAACCCCCGCCACCACCACCACUGUCCGAACACACGCACCACAGAUGCAGCAGGUUCCUGUUCUAAUGCAGCCUCAAAUCAUAAAGACAGACUCCUUAGUCCUGACGCCUCUGAAAACGGAUCGCAGUCCGGUUAUUGCAGCUAUGCAGAAUCCAACCAUUACCACUCUGACUGCUCCCAUGCAAACCACAGCUUUGCAAGUCCCGACAUUGGUCAGCAGUAAUGGAACUAUUUUGACCACCAUGCCAAUGAUGGUUGGGGUAGAGAAGGUUCCGAUCAAGCAUAUCAAUGGAAAUGGAAAACUCUCAAUGGAAGGGCCGAAGGAGGGUGAAAAAAGAACAACGCACAACAUAAUUGAGAAGCGUUAUAGGUCUUCCAUCAAUGAUAAAAUUAUAGAACUCAAGGAUCUUGUGAUGGGGACAGACGCUAAGAUGAACAAAUCUGGAGUUCUAAGAAAAGCCAUUGAUUACAUUAAAUACCUUCAACAAACCAACCACAAGCUACGACAGGAGAACAUGGCACUAAAAAUGGCCAACCAGAAAAACAAGGGUCUGAAGGGAUCUGAGAUUUCCAGCCUGUUGGACAUUGAUAUGGACCUGAAGAACGAUGACUUCAAAUCGCAUUUAUUGAUCAUGUCACCGCCAACUUCAGAUUCUGGCUCCGCUGGAACGUUCUCACCUUGCUCCAUUGAUUCUGAACCUGGAAGCCCUCUCCUUGACGAAGCGAUGGUAAAGGACGAGCCAUUGUCACCCCCCACCUUCGGAAUGCUGGACAGCUCUCGGAUUCUCCUGUGCACCCUCACCUUUUUUUGUCUUUCCUUCAACCCACUUGCUUCAAUUUUUCAACGUCGAAUGCAUUCAUCAGCAUCUGAAGAUUCUGGGCACCCUGGUAGAAGUAUGCUGGGAAUCGAGUCUGAAGGCUCCAAAGGCUGGUUUGAUUGGAUGCUACCCACCCUAAUCCUCUGGCUGGUGAACGGUAUCAUUGUGCUGGGUGUAUUUAUUAAGCUAUUCAUUUACGGUGAACCCAUCACCCGUCUGCAUUCUCAGUCCUCUGUUACAUUCUGGAGAUAUCGCAAGCAAGCCGACCUGGAUCUGGCCAGGGGUGCCUUUAUUGCAGCUGCAGGAAACUUGCAAACUUGUUUGUUGGUGCUGGGACGUGCACUGCCAGCCACCCGGUUUGACCUGGCCUGUAGCCUCUCCUGGAAUAUCAUUCGGCACAGCAUUCAGAAGCUGGUGUUUAUGCGUUGGCUGCUGAAGUGGACGAGAGGGUUUCGGCAAGAUGCGCAGCUUCAAGAAGAAGCCAAAAUGAGUGCACGAGAUGCUGCACUGGUGCAUCAUAAACUGCAUCAACUGCAGUUGACAGAUAAAGUGGUGCAAGGCCGUGGAAGUGCCAUAAAUCUAGCUCUGUCUGCAGUUAAUCUAGCCGAGUGUGCAGAGGAGAAAAUCCCCCAAAGCCUCAUGGCAGAAAUCUAUAUAACUGCUGCCAUUUGUCUAAAAAACAAAUUUAGUGGCAGACUCUCCUUCAUGUUGGGUUAUUUCCUGCAUCGAGCCCAGCGGGUUUGCCAAUCUCCGUGUGGCACCUGUCAAUGGCUUUUCCAUCCUCUGGGACGCCGUUUCUUUGUGGAUUGUAAUUGGACGCUUAAGUCAGUUCCUAAGGGAAGUCUCUUCAGCUCUCCAAGGAACCCGGUUGAUCCAGUAGCCCAAGUGAACCAGGCCUUUUGUGAAAAUUUGCUUGAGAAAGCUGUAUACUCGCUGGUCAAACCAGAGGUUGAGGAUGCUGGAGAAUUCUCCAAUGCUUUUGAGUACUUGCAGUUACUUAAAACUUGUGCUGACACCGCUGGAAAUUGUACACAGGCAUUUUCCAUUGAUUCCAGUCUGAGGAGAACUGCAGGUCCCGAUCCUGUCAGUAAAUGGUGGGCAUCCGUUGUCGUGUUUGUUGUACACUGGCUUCAGGGUGACGAUACAACAGCAAAGGAAUUGUUCACUGAAGUAGAACGGAUACCCAAAUCUCUGCAGAUGGCUGAGAGCUCACUGCCAAAGGCUAUUCUUCACAUCUGCAAAGCGAUGCAGACAACCCUCUUGGGGAAACGAGAUGCUCACCAGACAACGUUCCUGCGCUGUGAGAGGGCCAGUGGAUAUCUAUGCAACAGUUUGUCCGUCUCUAGCCCACACCAGGAUACGAAGCUUCACCAGGCAGUGCAAUUGUUGAUCUGCGACAUUUUGCUCUCAAUUCGUACAACCUUGUGGCAGAAACAAGCGAAUUCCAGCCAAGCCGUGGGAGAGGCCUACCAAGCAUCAAGUCUGGAACUGAAAGGAUUCCAACAAGACUUGAGCAGUCUCAGGAAGCUUGGACAGACUUUUAAACCAGCACAUCGUAAGAUGUUUUUGCAUGAAACGACAGUGAGGUUGAUGGCGGGUGCAAGUCCAACAAGAACACACCAGCUUCUGGAGCACAGCCUGAGGAGACGCAUUUCACACCCCGUCCAACAAGGUGACUUGGACGCUCUGCCUGGCCAGAGGGAGAAAGCGACAGCGAUACUCCUGGCGUGCCGCCACCUUCCCCUCUCGUUUCUUUCCUCUCCGGGUCAGAGAGCAGUCAUGCUGGCCGAGGCCGCACGCACGCUGGAGAAACUCGGGGACAAGCGGUCACUCAGCGACUGCCAGCAGAUUAUCAUGAAGCUGGGCAGUGGCACCACAAUCGCAGCAAGCUGAAGGAAUAUGCGAGGCCAGACUGCAGCUUAUGGUAGAUGCCUUGUAUCUUCAGAUCAAAUCCUACCCUAAUGUCCUCAUCAUCGAGUGCAGAUCCCAACCCCCCUGUGGGUGUUUGUGAGUAAUCUCCUUCCAAGAAACGGCAAUUUGGCAAAUUCAUUAAAAUACUUUAAUAGUUUUAUUUAAACCAAGAUUGGAAUUGGAACAUAAAAUCUGAUAUUUACUGAAGAGGGCUGUUAUCUUGUGUUUGCUUUAUUUGUUCCCUUCUCUGAAGGUUAUUUACUCAAUCUGAGUUAAAAUCCACCGUUCCACUCAUCUGAUAUUCCAAGUAAUUUCUUAAGUAAGAAACAUCCCCACAAUCUUAUCUUUUGAACUAUGGGAAUGUAAGUUACUCUGUAUGCAUUUGUAAAA